AUACAACUACCACUACCAUCAACAAAAGCAACGACAGCUACUACCACACGCCAAUUGUCUCACAAAUAUUGCCAUCAUGGCCGAACCAGCAUCUGAAAUUGCAGGGACUGUCCAAGCCGCCUCUGUAAUCCCCGAUCCCUCCCCGGCCCACGACAUCAACCCAACCACCUCCGCCUCGGAGAAGCAUCAUGUUCUUGAAUCCGCAAUCACGGACGAUACAGACAGCAUUCCUUCCGAUGUGGUUGAUCCCAGUCGAAUGGUGAGAACUAUGGUCCGGCAGAAGCAUCUCCCUCCAUUGCCGGAUUUGCGGUUCGAGCAGAGCUACUUGGCUAGUCUGAAGGAUGCGGAUACUUGGGGACGGGUUGCUUGGAUUACGAUUAGGGAUCAGGUCAUCCUCCCGCUAGUCCAGGGCACUCUCUGGACCCUCGCCCUCUCCGGAUGGCGAUACUGGAACCGCAACGCCUCGCUGAGCGGCAGAACACUGGGAAGCAGGAUACGCCGGUGGUGGUACGAGGUCAACAACUGGAAGCUUCCUCCGUUGAAAUUUACAAAGGACGCCCGAUUCGCGGGACAAGUUGAAGAUUGUGAAUUAGAAAGGCUGACACUCUCCGAGUUCUUACAGUUCUACAAGACGCAAUUCGCAAACGCUGGUUCUGAUUGAAAGUCUUUGUUAAUACUCCCACCCGGGUUGAUGGGUUUGCAUAAUC